AUUAGUGUGAAGAAGGUCGACAUGGACGACAACCCAACGCCAAAACCACGUCGUGGUAACGGCGCGGCGACAAGCAAGGGCAAGCCAAAGGGCGGACGAGGAGGGACCAAUGCUUCUGGAACCAACACACGUGGUGUCCCUGUUGCCGCGGUGGCACCAACCAUCCUUCGGCCGCAAGUGAGCACGACCAUCUUCACCCCAGACAUGCCGCGACAACAAUUGUUGUUCACGUCGUCGGCGACCCCACAAAAACUGUUCAACCCAAAGGAGGACCCCGCGUCGCCACCAGCACCCAUGCUCCCUCGAUCUUCUCAGCCAGGUAACCGCGGCAAAGCAUCGCCCACGAUCCCGUCGAUGGACAGAUUGUCCAUGCGGUCGACAUCGCUCUUCGUCGCACCUGGCCCAAACGAAUCAACAGCCACUUCAUUCGAUCGAUGGAAGCUUGUGACGCCGCAGAUGCAGCAUUGCGCCGUCGACUCGGUGCCAGUGCGAUGCCGCGACAUGACGCAAUUCGUUGUCGUCGGAUGCGUGGGCUUGGAAGGAGUCGGCAAGUCGACCAUCAUGUCCAUCUUGAACGGCCACGACCCGUUCGGCAACACGCCGUCGGCCUCUCUCGACACCACGUUCCCCAUCCAAUCUCAUGACACUGUCUUGCAUGGCUGCCAUGAAACGACCGGAAUUGAUGUCUGCGUGACCUCGGACAACGUCAUCCUCCUCGACAGCCAGCCGCUCUUGAGCACGUCGAUGCUCGUAGACAUGGUUUCACAGCACGACUCGCCGAAAUUUGGCGCCCUCGCUCUCGACCACCAAAUCCAACUGACGUCGUUGCACAUACUGACGUACUUGCUGUCCGUGUGUCAUCAUCUCAUUGUGGUACACGACCACUUGGACGAACCAGACCUGUGGCAGCUCCUCCACCUGGCGCAGCUGAUCAAGUCGCGCCAGGCCGCCGCCGACGCGACAUCAGCAUCAACCAACUCGCCGUCUGUGGCCAAGCUCAUCUUUCUUGCCAAUAAGAUGUCACCCCUGGCGCCAUCCCAACUCGCUCGGCACUCGCUCCACUUGCACCAGUUAUUUGCCCAGACAUCGUCAUCCACCUCGACCGCUCCAGCGACCUGCGCAACUAUCGUGGAAGGCGGUGGAUCGAUCUCUGUCAUGACGAUGCCAUCGCUCACGACGGGUGCACCCUCAAACAAAGAUGCCGCGACCGAUGCCAUCAAUACGUUGCGCUCGAACGUUGCGCAGUUGCCCCGUGUACACCCCACCACAGCGACCGACCUUCCACCCACGGCGACCUUUUUCGACUGGGUCCAAUACAGCUCUCGACAGUUUGAAGCGAUUCGACAACCCAUGGUCGACUAUGCCCGAUUGCUUCACAAGAUAGCGUCGUCCAAGUAAUCGCGCCGUCCGUGCAACGUUGGCAUGUUGGAGUCGUGUGGUAUGGUGGCGGCUCGAGAAGUGGUGCACCCACUGGCAACGACGAAGCGCCUCCCCAGCGUUUGGUUCCAUUCAAAGCGUCGCCCACCGCAUCUACUUUAUCCCAAAGCAACACUCGAGUUUGGAGAUAGGAGAUGAAUCGAUCCAUGGCGAUGCUACCACGAUUCCGGUCGAUCGUAGUGUUGUCAUGCUGUACAGCCUGAUUCAAAGUUCUCCCUGAUGGACACAGCAGGGCAGCGUCGAACUACGUGAAGGACCAAGGUCCCGUCGACUGUCUGGACGGUAGCGACGCGAUAAUCUUGGUUGCCGUCGG